AUGUCGAUCAGGUAUAACACUGCCGUCUUCUCUACCAUUUCCGCAAAUAACUAUUAUAUCAUCCUCGUAGUUCAAGACUUCCUCGGAUCUUUAUCUAAUUAUAACGUGUAUAACAACGGGUCAGCCGAGUUGGCCGAUUCUAGCGUCCUUGAUACCUUGCACGAAGCGGCAGUGAACGAUAGGCUCGUAAACUAUACUUCCACAGACUACAUGACCGCGUACGGCGUCAAUUUUAUAUGUGGCGGUGACUGGAACUUUGAUACAAAUGGGAAUUCCCUACUCUGUACCCUAUCCGUUUCCAAAGCCGCAGCUUCAGAUUGGACUAUCGGUGGCUAUCGCAUCAGCUACUAUAUAGUUGAAGAGGUCGAAGAAAAAUGCUAG